AUGCCGACCUCUCUCAGCCAGGAUACGGACUCACUCCAGUCACUACUAUCCACCCAUGUGACGCCCUUCGAUUCCGUCCAAGACAGCGAUGCAUACACCAGGGUCUUCGACGACUUUGGAAACUGCAAAGUGCUACUAAUAGGCGACGCAUCACACGGAACAUCCGAAUUCUACGCCGCGCGCGCAGAGUUGACAAAGUACAUGAUACAACACCAUGGUUUCAACAUUGUAGCCAUCGAAGGGGACUGGCCAGACGCCGAAGUAGUGGAUAGAUAUGUGCGGCGCAGACCACCAGUCGAUAAAGAAGCGGGCAUUUCAGCGACCGACGCGACAAAGGACGGAGGAGAGAAGCCGUUUCUACGAUUUCCAACAUGGAUGUGGCGAAACUUGGAGGUUCAAGAAUUCGUGGAGUGGCUUAGGCGUCACAACAAGGGUGUGGAUAGUCAUGAUGGCGUGGGGUUUUAUGGAUUGGAUUUAUACUCGCUACGGGGUUCUAUGAAUGCGGUUAUCGAGUAUCUCGACUUGGUUGACUCGGAUAUGGCUGAGGUAGCGAGAACUAGGUACGAUGACCUCAUGAUGUGGGCGGAGGAGCCGCACGAGUACGGUUUGGAAGCUGUUACGACGGGGUUUGAAGGGUAUGAGAAGGAGGUGAUCAUGAUGUUGGCGGAUCUUUUGAAGAAGAGGGUGCAAUAUUCAUCUGUCUUUUGGGACGGGGAUGAAUAUCAUGGUGGUGAGCAGAAUGCCAGAGUUGUAGCUGAUGCCGAACGCUACUAUAAAGCCAUGUACUACGGACGAGAUGAAUCCUGGAAUCUUCGAGACUCACACAUGGUAGACAGCCUUGGACGCAUUCUCAAACACCGUGGAAGCACGUCCAAAGCCAUAGUAUGGGCACACAACAGUCACAUCGGCGACGCCCGAGCAACCAGCAUGGGACGAUCACGGCGCGAAAUCAACAUCGGUCAACUAUGCAAGGAACGAUUCGGAAGUGAAUGUCUGAGUAUCGGCUGCGGGACUCAUACCGGCACAGUCGCUGCCGCGAAACGCUGGGGCGGCGAUGUGAGAACCAUGAAAGUGCAGCCAGGCUUGCCGAACAGCUACGAGGAGUUGAUGCAUGCUGUUGGCAUAGGCAACUUUGCUCUGGAUCUGAGGCAGGGGAGGUGUAAUGAGAUUCUGAGAAAGGAGCUGAUGAGGAAGAGGUUGGAGAGGUUUAUUGGUGUUAUUUACCGUCCGGACACGGAGAGGCAGUCGCAUUAUUCGUGGGCUGUUUUGCCGGAACAGUUUGAUGGGUUUUUGUGGUUUGAUAAGACGGCUGCUGUGAGGAGCAUUGAGGCGAGGCAGCCUGAUGAACCGGUUGAGUAUAAUGAGACUUGGCCUUUUGGACUGUAA